AUGGCUACCCGAAACGGAUUCAAACUUCUAAAACUCCCGUUUCUAGCUAUAGAACAAGUGUUUUUAUUUUUGGACAUUCUGGAGAUAAUCGACAUCUCAUUAUGCUCCAAGAGGUGCAAAAACGUAGUAAAACGAAAUCGAGCGACACCGGCGACCUAUAUAAACAUAGAAUUCUGUCGUGAACAUGGCGUUGAUGUAUGCUCUGUGGAUAAUAAGAAAGUUGUGGCCACGUGGAAUUUUUCGAAUACAAAUAUGGGAAAUAGGAAGAAAAUAUGGUGGAGUAUCGAUGGAACCGAGGGUUAUACAUUAAAAAACAUAAACAGUCAAAACAUACGCAACGGAUUCUACCAAUGCUGCACUCCUCCUCGAAAAAUCGCCGCCUCCAUGAACACAGUCAUCUCUCAUCUUCUAGAAGUUCUCCGUAACUGUUAUGUGAAACAUGUUAACAUCAAUAUGCAUUACGAAAGAGUCGCCUACAAAACCUUAUUAGACUCGCUUCAAACCUGUGAGAGCCUAGAAAUGAUUAGUGAUGGGUCUAGUGACCAUACUAAGCAUGUCCUAUCAAGUAUCAAGAUCACGAAAAGCUUCAAUGACAAGAGUUAUUUGUACUCCAGUGCCAACCCAUUCUUGGGAGCCUUGGAGUGCACUGAUCAUAUAAAUUGCGAGAACGCUUCGUGGAUGAGAGCGGAAACUUUACUUACACUCAAUUGUGAGUAUGUGGAGUUGAAGAAAGCGAGACUGACGGCGGACGAUAUUAUGGAGUACUUGAAGAAAUGGAAGAAUUCGACAGGGAUGGAGAGAGUUAGGAAACUGAAUAUUAUGCAUACAGCUGUUGGAAUCGGGCCGUUGGAUUUCGAGGAGUUGGAAGCAAGGAGAUGGGAUCCAGUGAAGAGAGCAGCGAUGUAUAGAUUGCAAGACGAAUUGUACAUAAUGUGUAAUAACGGUAUGGACAUUGAACGAGCCGACGGACUCCUGGGUACCAUCUUGCAACACGAGACUCGCGGAUUUUUCUUCCUCGUUUGGGCGGAUCGAUUCCCCGAUCAAACUUUUCCAUAUGGUGCAAUUCUGCUUUGA